AUGCCUGUUUUUGUGUCCUACGUGAUACAAGGUCAAGAGAAUUUCAAUCGUCCACGCUCGCAUGCAAUUAUGUCGAAUAGGCAUGAUAAUUGGACAAUUGAAAUGGAACUUCAAUCUUUAUCUACUUUAAAUUCUAAACGUCUGUUGAGAAUUAAAGGUUUAUGUGUUUGUGUGGUCGUGCUUCUCGACCGAUCUGAAGCAGCAUACCGAUGUAACGGGGAGUCAGAUCGAACCAAUAACUGUCAAGAUUACAUCUUAAGGUGCGAAGACGACUUUAGAAUGUUUAGAGCGUUCACAACCACUCGAACCUGUCCAGGAGAUCUAUUUUUUAGCGAUUUGUAUGGCAGAUGUAUCGACCCAGCAACUUUAAAUUACGCAUGUCCAAACACCGAAGGAGGAGGGAGCUCACUCGAUUCAUCGAUUUCCAGUGUGGAUAGUGACGUCAGUGUGGAUAGUGAUGUCAGUGUGGAUAGUGAUGCCAGUGUGGAUAGUGACGUCAGUAUGGAUAGUAACGCGAGUGUAGAUAGUAACGCCAGCGUAGAUAGUGACGCCAGCGUGGAUAGUGACGUCAGUAGUGAUAGUGACGUCAGUAGCGAUAGUGACGUCAGUGAUGAUUAAAGCGACUGGUUAAGAAAAUGAAAGUUUUUAAAGGGAAUUAGUGUUAAGGUGUAACAAAAUUUAUUUUAAGGGGUUGUUCGUACAUCCGACAUUUUUUCACAAAAAAACACUAUUGUUUUUCUAAUUUGAAAUUUCAAUAUUUCGCCAUAAUGCAAAGUUACAAACCGAACUUAUAUUUUCAAAUGUUUCUUCAUUAAAGCAGUGUAUGUUUUAUAUUAAAUAAAAGAAUUUCUCCUUAUUUUUAUUC